GUGUGUCUGUCUGACCGUGCGCGCGUGCGUCUUAGGAAAGCACGCAUAAAAUACCGCGAGGAAAGGAAAUAAAAUGCAGGAAAAUCGAACACCUUUAUAUUUUUAUUACUAGACACGUUUGUUGCUCUUGGAAAAGGACUGAAAUAUGAAGAAACAUCACAGCCCCGCGAAGGUAGCACUGGAAGUCACCGUACUAGACAACGAGGCGACUGUACAACAACUCAACAAGCUGCUGUCCAACGGCAGCGGUUUCUACAGCCUGCCAGCACAACAUUUCAACGAGGUGUUUCCCAAGAUUUACAUCGGCAAUGCGUUUGUGGCCCAGAAUGUGAUGCGUCUACAGCGGCUGGGUGUGACACACAUACUAAAUGUCGCUGAGGGAAACUCUUUCAUGCACGUGAACACCAAUGCAGAGUUCUAUGCAGGAACUGGGAUUAUGUACCAUGGCAUAAAGGCCAAUGACACUGAGCAGUUCAACAUCAGUGCCUUCUUUGAAGAAGCUUCAGACUUUAUCGAUAAGGCUCUGGCACAUGGAAAAGGAAAGGUGUAUGUUCACUGCCGUGAGGGCUACAGCCGUUCACCCACUAUUGUUAUCGCUUAUCUAAUGCUGCGUCACAAGAUGGACGUACGAGUUGCCACAGCUACAGUAAGACACAAGAGAGAGAUUGGCCCCAAUGAUGGAUUCCUGUCCCAGCUAUGCCAGCUCAAUGAAAAACUGGCAAAGGAAGGCAAGUUGAAGACCAAAUGAAAGAAUGCCUCUAUGUGCUCUACCCCUCCACAGAGGGAAUUAUCACUUUAGAUAUUAACACAAAAGCAGGUGCAUACGGUCAAAACGAGUGUGCACAUGCAAUAUUUCCCAAAAAGGCUGUCCUAGUGUAUUAAAUAUGUAUGCAUACACAGUAUGAUCAAACAGAGCAUAUGCAUGGAGGUAUACAGUGUAUUUAAACACUCAUACAUGCACCCAAAGUGUUGUCCUGAAUAAUUACUCCUGCUUCCAGCUGGCUGGUAAAGGGAAAUCAAAGGGGAAAAAAGGCAUAUCUGAAAACUUAAGGCUGUAGAAAGAGCAAGGUCAGCAUUUUAUAUAUCAUCACAACGUUUUUUGUGUGCAUCAUUUCCCAUGAUAAUUAGUGACUAUUUCUCACUUGAGCUGAAAGCAUUCCAAUAGCCAACUGUUUGUAUAUUUCACAAAUUCAACUUUUGGAGCAUAACAGCCCAACUGUCAUAUAUAUUAAGAUUGUAAAGUAGAGCACAAUCAUUCAGUGGGCUCGAAUUGCCAGAAAUAUUACAAAUGUUUAUCCCAUUCCAAUUUGUAUGUGGAAGAAUAUGAUAUUUAGGUUAAAAAAAAAGCAUGACCGUUUACCUUUUGCAACCCAUUUAUAGAAACCUAUAGCCAGAUUUUGUAUGGCUGUACAGCAUUUUAAAUCAGGACUAAACAGAAGUUGUGCAUCAGUAAAUAAACACAACGCAUUCACUCACUAAACAAGUAAGAAGAGAUAAAUUAACAUUCCAUGUUUUACCGAUACAAUCAACCAGAUAAACUUACAACUAGCCAUCCACAUGUUGUAGCUCUGAUUCUACAGACUCUAUAAACAGGUUCAACCCGGUUCUAUGCAGCAGCCAUAAUGCACCAGCCCCAUUAGAUCUCUUUUCUCUGUAAUCAUAUGGUCUUGCCACUGUUUCUCACUGCCAGUCUAAUGCCACACAUUUUGUUCACCAUUAUGAAUAUCAGCCUUGAUCGGAGAGACACGUCCAAUAGUUGGUGAGCCUUCCAACUGCCUAAUGAUAGUGCCCUUAAACCAGGGUUGUGCAUUACCUACAGGAAAUCACAAUGGUUUAGUGCCCCCUCAAAUUGCUAGUUCAAACAGUGCAUCUGUGAUGUAUGUUGUCCAAGAGAUCUAAUUAAGGCAUGGAAGUGUGUUAUAUUUAAGGGUAGCUUGUGUAAAUUUGGCAUGUUAGAGAAUAAAAUAAGGUUUACCUCGUUCCUUGGGCUCAAGAUUUGUCCCCCCAAUCAUGCAUCUGUCCUCGUUUUUAUAUAUAUAAUAUAUAUAUAUAUAAACAUAUAUACAUAGUACUGUGCAAAAGUUUUAGGCACUUAAGAUGUUUUACAAAAACAUUUGUCUAAAGAUGGUUAUUUAUAUAUUCACCUUUAGUGUGUCAAUAGGAAAAAUAUACUUUAGACUCCCAAACAUUACUUUUGAAAUUAGAAAAGAUUAGAAUAGAAGAACAGGGUGCUCUGCAAGAGAUGGCAUUUCCCCCACAGAGCCCCCCCACUGAACAUCGAGUCAGUCUGAGAUUACAUGAAGAGACAGAAGCAACUGAGACAGCUGAAAUAGAUAGAAGAAAUGUGGUGAAUUCUCCAAGAAGCUUGGUACAUCCUAUCUGCCAACAACCAGGUGUCCAGGUGUACCUGGGAGAAUUGGGGCCGUUUUAAAUGCAAAUGUGGCCACACCAAAUAUUGAUUUAGCUUUUUGUUUACUGGACUUUUGUAUGAUGUUAAUUAAUAAAUGAAAACUAUUUAUGGCAUAAUUUUUUUUAAGACAUCCUCACUAUGCAUAAUUUUUCACAAGUGCCUAAAAUUUUACACAGUACUUUAUAUAUAUAUUUUUUAUUAAUGCUGAAAAUAAUUUAGUAUGAGAUACCUUGCAAUUGCAUGACUGUGAGUCUGUCAUAAUCAGACAAAAAAUGUAAUUCUCCCCUCCGUUGUACAAGUUGGUAUGUCACAAGACACAUUCAGUGGCUGAGAAUGUGCAGUUUCGGCUGUUACCUUCGUAUGAGUUUAGAAAACAUAAAAUAAAUCACAUGAGUCACCUAGCCGUAAUAUGCGUCUCUUUUGACCACUGGUGUUGGACAUUUUAGGGGAGGGUAUCUGAUUUCAUGAUGACGGGGUGGUACUAGGAUAUGAUCUUGGGGGUUGGAGAUAUUUUGAUCUUUAAGGUGGGCAAUUGUAUAUCUUUAGGUUAGACCGAGGGUGCUCCUCCAUAAUUUUUUUUUCUUGAUUUGGUCCCCAUUAUUCGUCUUUCGGUGGUCCGGGGGGCAUCAGAAGUUUCUGGGGGUGCUCAAGGACAAUAUAGGGGGGCAAUGCCUCCCUUAGACCCGGCUAUGAUGAUGACAUACAUCAGUCGCUAUGUCAGUGUAUUACUGCAUGAUAAUAAAGCAAUUAAGAGGAAAAUGAAUGGCUAAAAACGUUUCUCUUAAUUAUACUUGCAUUUAAUCUAAGAGCAAAGAUGAUGUUUAGAGUAGAGUUCUCAGUUAUUUCCUUUUUAAGCCGUAUAUAACCAAGAUAAAACACUUGUUUUAGUGCAGCUAUUGAUUGACAGGUUAGUGGCUGGUGCUUUGCUGCUUUUAGAAAGCAUUUAAAGGGUAAGCGUUCACACUACGAGCCCAAUGUGGUCACAUUCUUUUACUACUUUUGAACACCUACUAUUGUAGCUGAAGUAGACAAUUCUCAAUAAGUUUUGGACCAUGUAUUUAGCAUUGUCCUGCUUCAAAUUGAUCGUCCAAAAUGCAUAUUAAUUAAUGCUGUCAGUCAAAAAAGUUUUUUAUCGCGAUUAAUCACAUACAGGUUUUUGUAGUUAAUCGCAAAUUUUGAAAUCAAGCAUUAAUUACGAUUAAGAAAAAUUAAGCAGUUAAACUUUUUUAAUUAAUACAUUAGCGCAUGAAUUCUGACAGCUCUAAUCUUAAUACCGUUAACAGGCCUUAGUCAUGUUGUGGGUUUGCUGUCUAAUAGAUUUUGUGCUGUCCCAUCCCUCAUGACUGGAUCACAAAAAUAUUUGGGCUAAAAUGCCAGUUAAGAUGAUACGAUCUGUUAAGAUUAGACUGAAAUUAUCUUGGACCUUGUUAAAAAUAAACUUGUUUCUAACAUUGGAAUCCUUCAGAAGAAUAUGCAGAGCGGCAGGUGCUACACCAGGAAUGGUUUGCUGGACUUUCCCCACAUUAUCCUUUUGUUAUUAGUUUUAUUUGUGUUUUGGAAUAAUAAUAUAUAUUCAUCUUUCUGCCUAUUGCGUCACCAUGACUGGGCAGGCCAAGUUUCUGAACACUGAAUAGGCAUUGUUGACAAGCAAUGUUUUUAGGUUUUUGCCAUUUUUGCAGCCUUGUUUCAAUAAAUGGUCUUUUUGGUCUGAGGAAGUUUUAAGUUCUGAAAGGUACAGUUUGUUUUCAUAGUACAAGUAACUUACAAGUAAUUAGAUUUCUUGUGAUAUGACCCCUUUAAAAGGAAAACCAGUAUCACUGCGUUUAGAAUAAAUGCAUGUAACAGAUUUGGCUUUUUGAAUUCAUUUCACUCAUUAAAUUUGAUUGAUCCUAUAAUAAGGGCCCUUUGGUCUCUGCCUAGUUCUGACUGAUGGAAGGUUUUCCAAUACCACUGAAAAUACUAUAGUACAAAUACAAGGCUAGAUUAUAACACAAAGCACUACUUAUGCCUCUUUUUUAUAUUUCUAUAUUCCAGCUAUAUACUUGUAUAUACAUAUUUAGAUGUUGACAUAUAUGAAUGUAUACUAACUCUCCAUAAUAUUUGUGUAUGACCAGUAUAUAUUAAUAAUAGAAAUAUCAUCUAUUGUAGUCAACAUUCACUUUAUUUUAUAAUGCCAUAAGGACUGUACAGGCCAUGGCAAACUUACCCAAAGACACCAGUAUACACACAAUUGUUUGCUGAAAGCUUUUAUAUUCUUGUUUUCUUUUCACUGUGAUCGAGAGUGGCGUAGUUUGCUAUAUUUUUGCUUCAUGAAAUCAUUUGCAUUGUAUUAGAGGAUCAAAGUCUGUUUUUACAGCUAACACUGUUGCAGGCUACCUCACAGCAUUCUAGAAGCAAAUUAGCAAUUGAGUUUUUAAUAUAUUUAUAUAUAAAAUUGACAAGUAAACACCUAAAUGUAACAAAGCAUUCAAGCUAUAAAUAAACUUUAGGUUUUAUACACCCUAACCAACUGUAGCUAUGGAAACCUUUGUGCCAUCACAAUAACGUGAACCAAUGAAGAUGGACUGUGCCAAUCUAUCUAUGGGAUUAAUCUAUCAGUCAUUAUUAGAUGGCUGAACUGAAAUCUGCCUGUGCUUUCCGAGUGUUUAGCAACAACUUUUAUCCUCAAAAAGCAACAAUUCCACAUUCUAAAUAAGCAUAUUUUAAAAUUCCAAAUGCCAGUGAGAAGGCUCAACAUAAAGAUGUGUUUGCUGGCCUCAUUGGCUUUAUGCUUCAGAUGGAGACACACCCUUUUGUGAUAAUAGAUUUGUAGAGGGAGAAACACUGCCAUCUGCUGUUGAUAACCCUGUGUGGUUUGCACAAACUGUCCUGCUAUGUAUUGCCUUUUAUUUGUAUGUAUUUAUCAGAUUCUAUGUUAUACACUGUAUAGAAAUUGUAAACAAAAAUGUAAUCAUACUGGGAUGAUUAAAUUAAAAUUUCUGGUUGUUCUACUAUAUGGCUUAAUGAUGUCAAUAGCAUAUAUAGCAAUGAAUCACAAUGCUGCUGCUUGGUCAUUUUGUAUUUAUGUCCCAUUAUCAAGAUAUAAUUUAUUUAUUUAUUUAUUUUUUUUAUAAUAAGGAUGUCAAGAAAUCACUACCUAAGAUUGAAGAUGUAAACUUAUAAACUGUAAUGCUAAGUUAUGCUUGAAACGUUUUAUUAGUCAAAACCACAUUUAAAUAUUAUAAGUGACUCAUUUUGGGCAACAGUGCAAAUUAUUCUGUUCAUUUUUUUAAAGAAAAAAAGAUUUUGUCCACACUUACAAGCACAUUGCUGCAUUUAUUUUUGCACACACACAUACUGUAGUCCAAUACUCAAUUACUUAAACACAGCUGACUACACUUAACUAUAUAUUGUCUAUGUGCCGUCUCUUACUCCUGUUGUGUUGUUACUGUAAUGUGAUGUUGUAAAGGACUGACCACUUGUUUGUUGUAAAGGACAUGGAAACAUCAGCGGUUACAAAUUUGUCAGGAGAGUCACUCUCCAAUUAUCUUUACACAUUGCCUGAUUUGGCUUUAAUCUGACUUAAUCAGGAAAGGACUUACAGAGUGCUUUAAAUGGAGACGGUUAAAUGAAUGUGUUCACAUGACAAAGGCUGUCCAAACAUCCCACCUUAAAGCCUUAUCCUGAAGAUGGAUUCUAUAUUUUUUAUUCAUGUCUUCACUUCACAAAGCAAGGUGUACAGAUUCUUUUUUGAGACACUUUUUUGAAGUGCAUUUGAUUAAAUUACAGUGUUAUGUUUCUAACAAUAUAAUUUUUUUCUUUUAUGAUGUCAGAAAAUA